GGGGAGCGCGAAGCUGGAGCCUUGCCGCCCGGACUCCCCACCCCUCUGCUGGCCCCUCUCGGCGCUCCGCGUCCUGCCGCGCUCUCCCCACGCCUGCCCCUCCCCCGCCCCGAGCUCUCCGACUCCUCCCCGGCUCCUCGGCACUCCCACCUCGCCCGCUAGGCCCUCCACUCGGCGUCCCGGGGCCCGCUCCGCGCUCUGCGCCCUCACUGAGCGCAGCACCUAGCGGCGCGCCCUGCGAGGCCAGCCUCCGCGCGCCGCCCUUCCUCCCGCCCUCUCUCCUCCUCCUCCCCUCCCCGGUCCUGCGCGAUCCAGCUUGGGGAGGCGGGGAAGCUGCCCGAGCGCGACCGCCGCGGCAGCCAGUGUGCAGCCGCGGGGCCGGAGGCGCGGUUCCUAGGCCUUAGAGCCCGGCGAGGCCCCUGGAGAGUCGGCGCUGCUCGCGGAGAGCUGCGAGGCCCGCCCCUACGCGGCGCGGAGGGCGCGGAGGUCAGCAGAACCUCUGAUGCCUGGAGAACUGAGGAGAGGAGCCCCUCGUCAAGUGGAAAGAAGAGACACCCUCACUGGAACAUUCUGAAUUUUGAAUGUUAUGAACUAACAGGAACAAAAGGCUUGCUGUUCAAAGAGGGGCCCGUAGACCAGCAACAUUGGCAUCACCUUACUAGAAAUGCAGAAUCUUGGGCCUCACUCCAGACCUACUGAAUCAGAAGCUGCAUUAUAACAAGAUUCUCAGGAUAUCCCUGGUGAUCUUAGAAGAGUCCGUAUCAUGGAAUCGAUCUCUAUGAUGGGAAGCCCCAAGCGCCUUAGCGAAACGUUUUUGCCUAAUGGCAUAAAUGGUAUCAAAGAUGCAAGGAAGGUCACUGUAGGUGUAAUUGGAAGUGGGGAUUUUGCUAAAUCCCUGACCAUUCGACUUAUUAGAUGUGGCUAUCAUGUGGUCAUAGGAAGUAGAAAUCCUAAGUUUGCUUCUGAAUUUUUUCCUCAUGUAGUAGAUGUUACUCACCAUGAAGAUGCUCUAAUAAAAACAAAUAUAAUAUUUGUUGCUAUACAUAGAGAACAUUACACCUCCCUGUGGGACCUGAGACAUCUGCUUGUGGGUAAAAUCCUGAUUGAUGUGAGCAAUAACAUGAGGAUAAACCAAUACCCAGAAUCCAAUGCAGAAUAUUUGGCUUCAUUAUUCCCGGACUCCUUGAUUGUGAAAGGAUUUAAUGUUAUCUCAGCUUGGGCACUUCAGUUAGGACCAAAGGAUGCGAGCCGACAAGUUUAUAUAUGCAGCAACAAUAUUCAAGCUCGACAACAGGUUAUUGAACUUGCCCGUCAGUUGAAUUUCAUCCCCGUUGACUUGGGAUCAUUAUCAUCAGCCAGGGAGAUUGAAAAUUUACCCCUGCGACUAUUUACUCUCUGGAGAGGGCCAGUGGUGGUAGCCAUAAGCCUGGCCACAUUUUUCUUCCUUUAUUCUUUUGUCAGAGAUGUGAUUUAUCCAUAUAUUAGAAACCAGCAGAGUGACUUUUACAAGAUUCCUAUUGAAAUUGUGAAUAAAACCUUGCCCAUAGUUGCCAUUACUUUGCUGUCCCUGGUGUACCUGGCAGGUCUCCUGGCAGCUGCUUAUCAGCUUUAUUAUGGCACCAAGUAUAGGAGAUUUCCACCUUGGUUGGAGACCUGGUUGCAGUGUAGAAAACAGCUAGGAUUACUAAGCUUUUUCUUCGCUUCCGUCCAUGUUGCCUACAGCCUCUGCUUACCAAUGAGAAGGUCAGAAAGAUACUUGUUUCUCAACAUGGCUUAUCAGCAGGUUCAUGCAAAUAUUGAAAACUCUUGGAAUGAGGAAGAAGUUUGGAGAAAUGAAAUGUAUAUUUCCUUUGGUAUAAUGAGCCUUGGCUUACUUUCCCUCCUGGCGGUCACCUCCAUCCCUUCAGUGAGCAAUGCUUUAAACUGGAGGGAAUUCAGUUUCAUUCAGUCUACACUUGGCUAUGUUGCUCUGCUCAUAAGUACUUUCCAUGUUUUAAUUUAUGGAUGGAAACGAGCUUUUGAAGAAGAGUACUACAGAUUUUAUACACCACCAAACUUUGUUCUUGCUCUUGUUUUGCCCUUAAUUGUAAUUCUGGGUAAGAUCAUUUUACUCCUUCCAUGUGUAAGCCGAAAGCUAAAGAGAAUUAAAAAAGGCUGGGAAAAGAGCCAAUUUCUAGAAGAAGGUAUUGGAGGAGCAGUUCCUCAUCUCUCACCAGAGAGGGUUACAGUAAUGUGAUGAUAAAUGGUGCUCCCUGAUGCCAUAUAAAGUUCUUCUCAUGCCAUUAUUUUUAUGACUUCCUUUAUCUUCAGUUGCAAGUGCACUGUCAAACUGCUAUGGGCUGAUACCUCUUCAGUGAGAUCUCAACUGAAUUAGUGGUAGAAUUUUCUUCAAAUUUAUUUUCACUAAGUCACAUUUUGCCAAUAUGAGUUUUUAUAGUCAACUUAUUGUUGAAAUGUAGGUAUGUUUUGUUUUGUACAAUCGUAAGGCUAUUGUUAUUUUUUUUUUUUUUUCUUUUUUGCGGUAUGUGGGCCUCUCACUGUUGUGGCCUCUCCCGUUGCGGAGCACAGGCUCCGGAUGCGCAGGCCCAGCGGCCAUGGCUCACGGGCCCAGCCGCUCCGCGGCAUAUGGGAUCCUCCCAGACCGGGGCACGAACGGCUAUUGUUAUUUUAACAAACUUUAUUCCAUAAUCAGGCAGAAAUAUUUGUAGUUAAUAAUAUAGAUACAACAUAAUGUUAAAAAACUUUGCACACCAGCAAAACUUUAAGUUUUUUUGUUUUUGUUUUUGUUUUUUUUUGCGGUACGCGGGCCUCUCACUGUUGUGGCCUCUCCUGUUGUGGAGCACAGGCUCCGGACGCGCAGGCUCAGCGGCCAUGGCU